GAUUGAAAGCCCAACAGCCAUCACACACGCUGGGCCUGUGCUGGCACUUGUAUGUGUGUUUCUCAAUCAAUGAUGAGGGUAUCGGAACCGGUCCUGGACAUGGAUAUGGCGAAUUACAGUGAAGUUUUGGACCCAACGUAUACAACUUUGGAGUUUGAAACUAUGCAGAUUCUAUAUAAUUCAAAUGGAGAUAGUUCUGCCCCAGAGACAACAAGUAUGAAUACCACAGACAACGGUCUCAACUGUCUGUGUGCUAUCUGUGGGGACAGAGCGACGGGAAAACACUAUGGAGCCUCCAGCUGUGAUGGCUGCAAGGGCUUCUUCCGGCGCAGUAUCCGCAAGAGUCACGUCUAUUCCUGCAGGUUCAGUCGGCAAUGUGUUGUUGACAAAGACAAAAGGAAUCAAUGUAGAUAUUGUCGAUUAAGAAAGUGUUUUAGAGCAGGAAUGAAAAAAGAAGCUGUGCAAAACGAGCGCGAUAGAAUAAGCACCAGAAGAAGCACAUUUGAUGGCAGCAACAUCCCUUCCAUUAACACACUGGCUCAGGCAGAACAUCGGUCUCGCCAGAUCUCAGCCUCCAGCCCUGGUGCAAGCACUGACAUAAAUGUUAAGAAAAUUGCGAGUAUCGGUGAUGUCUGUGAAUCUAUGAAACAGCAACUCUUAGUCUUGGUGGAAUGGGCGAAAUAUAUCCCUGCCUUCUGUGAGUUACCACUGGACGAUCAGGUGGCACUGUUGAGAGCUCAUGCCGGGGAACAUUUGCUGCUAGGAGCCACAAAGAGAUCCAUGCUGUAUAAAGAUAUUUUGCUUUUGGGAAACAACUACAUUAUUCACCGCAACAGCUGUGAAGUUGAGAUCAGCCGUGUGGCCAACCGGGUGCUAGACGAGCUGGUCCGACCAUUUCAGGAAAUCCAGAUCGAUGACAAUGAAUAUGCCUGCUUGAAGGCCAUUGUAUUUUUUGAUCCAGAUGCGAAAGGGCUAAGUGACCCGGUCAAGAUUAAGAACAUGCGGUUCCAAGUGCAGCUCAGCCUGGAGGACUACAUCAACGACCGGCAGUACGACUCUCGCGGGCGGUUUGGGGAGCUGCUUCUGCUCCUGCCCACGCUGCAAAGCAUCACCUGGCAAAUGAUCGAGCAGAUACAGUUCGUCAAGCUUUUCGGGAUGGUGAAAAUCGACAACUUGCUUCAGGAGAUGUUACUGGGUGGUGCUUCCAAUGACGUUAGCCAUCUCCAUCAUCCAAUGCAUCCACAUUUGUCUCAAGAUCCAUUAACUGGACAAACUAUACUUCUAGGUCCCAUGUCGACCCUGGUUCAUACAGACCAGAUCUCAACUCCUGAAACCCCACUCCCUUCCCCGCCGCAAGGCUCUGGUCAGGAACAGUACAAAACAGCUGCAAACCAAGCCUCCGUCAUUUCACACCAGCCUCUCUCCAAACAAAAGCCAUUGUGAGGACGCGUUUACUUCUGAACGGCACUGCAUAAAUGUGAAAAAUUACUGGUCGUGGCAUAUCUCAGGAUAGUGCUUCUGGCAAACUCUUAGCCAAGAAUUCUCCAUGGUGCUGUUAUAAGAUGGUAACCUAUUUUCUUGUUUAUAUGCUCAUUUGUUUGUUGUUGCUAUUGUUUAAAACCUUCAGUGGCAACCACUGUACAUGUGAGUUUUGGUGUGUUUAUAUCGUAUGUGUUUUGCCCGCUUCCCUGGCACUGUGCCUAAAGCAGUUGAAUCUUCUGUACGACCUUCAUUUGUUGCCUUAAUAUUAAUUUAAAUCUGUAAAUAGCUGCUUUCUCGUGAUGUGAUGUAGAACUAACUCUUCUCUUUUGACUGAGAACAGUAGAUCAGAAAUCCCAGAUUAAUAGAAAAUGAACCAAGUUUUUAACAGAUUUUAAAUUUGCGAAUUAGAAAAAUAAGUUUCUGUAGAAUAGGGCAUAGAUCUGUGAAGAAGAAUCACUUAUGGAUAUCCUGUGGCUAAAAAGGACCUUUUUGGCCUACAGUUAAAUCUGCUUGUUUUAAGUUUAGAAAAAUCUCCACAGCCAUUCCAAAGGUGACUGAAUAUUCUUUCAAAUCUGACUGUAUUUGAAGAUGUAUGUUAAGAUAAAAGAUGUUAGUUUCAGCAGAUAGGUUCCAGGCUAAACUGUAAAUUGAACCCCCUAAAACAGUGGCUCAACCAAGAGAGAAGUUAAUUUCUCUCUCCAAAAACAACCGAGAAGUUAUCAUCCAUUGACUAGAACUUGGCACCUGCCCAGGGAGGCUGGGAGAGUGGGCGGAAAGCCUGUGCCCACUGAAGCUGGGCAUGUAGGAGACGAAUAUUGGGAGACACAUCAGCCAUGUGUCCCCCAUGUGUUGCUUCAUUUAAUCUUCACAACAACCAUGUAAGAGGGGUGUUAGUAUCUUUCUUUUAUAAAUAAAGAAACCUUCCUUAGAGUGUUUAAGUAACAUAACCAAAGUUUAUAAACCUGAAGUGUAGGAGAACCACAUUUAAGCCCAGGUCUGGCUGACUUUUAUGAGGAUCAUUAAAGCUUUGGUGUAGGAUGAAAAAUGGGAGUUUCUGACUGUGGUUUUUAAAUAUAUGCAGUUGAGGGCUGAUUGAACACUAGCUGUCAUUUACCUAUAUCACACAUGUUUACAUGUAAGCAGGGAACGUCAUAGGGUUGCAGCAUGAUUUGAAACCAUUUUUUACUUUUAAGAAGAGUCUUACCCCUAAAAAGUAUAUUUUAAAUAUAUUAAGAAAAUAAAUACACCAGCUAGAUUAUGAUGAAAACAAAAACAAAUGCGAAUCACUAAUUAAUCAGAUUUUUAAAAAUCCAGCAACCCAGGGGUAUGCGGAAUGUCUAAUUCCAGACUGAGGAGUACAGUUCAUUGGACCUUCAAAGUAUUCGAUAUCCUCUAAAGCUGGAGCUUAUUUAAAAACAAUUAAUGAUGGGUUGCUUCAUGAACCAGUGACACACACCCCCCCACCCCUUACACAUGUCAUUUAUUAG